GGCGUUUUUGUCGAUCCUAGACUCUAUGUCAUGCAUAAGCUGUGGAGUGCAAUACCCGACCCUGUGGACGCAGACAGGAUUAUAAUGUUUCUGCAGUACAUUUCUAGCAAGAAAUCUCGAACACCUAGAUGCAGCCAUAGCCAUGAUUGUAAAUUGAAACCUCAAUUGGUCACGUGAUGCAAAUUCUGUCACGACUGGGAACGUAUAUAAUGCCGUGAAGAUUGAUUAUAAAUAUAGUCAGCACGUCAUAUAAAGUUUAAUAAAACGUAUUCACUGAUUUAUAUGGUACCGAAACUCCGGUCCUUAUAAAAUAAAGAGAAAAUCUUGUCAAAAUCUAUAGUCUCGUGAUUUCUGAGGAUGAGCUGCGUGAUGAUGACGUCGUGGCACCUUAGGUGGUCGACGUUUACUCCAGCUGAUCAGCCUGGCAUGCGAAUCUUGGCGUUGACGGAUUUCUACCUCUGUGUUUUAUCGUUUUAUUUAUAGAAAUGCAGGACUGUCCACUAAAAUGAAUGCAACCAGUCUCUACGUAACAACAUGCCGAUACGUCCUGCGGGCAAACCCAGAAGAUACAAACACAUGGAAUGAUUUGUAUCGCUUACUUCCGUACCUUCGACAAGCGCUGUCGUGCUGUGUUUGUACGAGCCUUAUCAGUGACCCAAUGGGUCCCACUGAAUCUAUCUGCCAACACCACGUAUGCCGGUCAUGCCUCGGUGGAAAGAUGAGACUAAGACCAUCCUGCAGUUGGUGCAAAGAUUACAGUUCAUUCGCCGAAAACAAACAAUUGGCUUUGCUUUUACCAUGUUUCAAGAAAUUGUGUGAAUUCAUUGCCGAUACGCCCAUCGCGCAAAACCUCGCAACGCCGACCAAUGGCGGUUUUAGUCCGCUAGCGAUUUUACACGAAGGAAUGACAAUCAAUGACACCAUGCCAGGUGGGUCCAGAUCUACGGAUACUAUUGAUCUCGCGUCGGCGAUGUCAUCAAUGACUGCCACACAACAUCAAACGAAAGUUACCACGCCAUCGGAGGACACGGUCGACGGUAUGUGUACAGACGUCGAUCAGAGUACCGGAAACGACGUUGAACACUGCGAAGGUGAUGCAGUAGAGCCGACUGUCACCGCGGAAACCGAAGACGCGAUGACCAGCAGUGCAAAUACGUCGUACAGCGUAUCUCUUUCAAAUAGCGUAUCGACAAAAAUGAAAUUUAAAAGGAAGAAAAAACGAUUCGAGGACACUGCAAAAUCGUCGAAAAAGCGAAAAAGACUCUUAAAACACCUAGACCCUGAUAGACCAAAUGAACUGAAACUUGUCGUGCUUGGGAGAAAAUGCAAAGACGGUGUAAAGUCGCGGAAGAAAGGAUGUCGCUGUGGAACUUGCAACAUGAACGUUCCCCCGGGGGUAUUUACAUGUCACGGAAAGCGUUGUCCUUGCUACGUGUCUUUCAGAGGGUGUUCUCAUUGUCGAUGUCGAGGGUGUAAAAAUCCAUACACUCCAAGCGGUGACGAAAAAACAACACGCAGAAAUAAACAACAAAUAUCAGCUACGGAUCUUGAAGAAUCGUCGGCUGACAGCGAUUUAAAUAUCGAUGUUACGGACGUCUAAAUAUUUGCUAUUGUACUUACACAUUCCCUCUCAUUUUAAAAAUUUUCAAUCAAUCAAGUCAAUCAAUCCAAUAUGUAAUUUUUAGAUACCUUCUAGUUCUCUGCGUGGUUUAAACUUUUAUUUUGUGUAUGGAGAAUUCCUACGUACACAUUGUUUGUACAAAACACACCCCCCCCACACAUACAUACAUACAUACAUACAUACAAACCCAGUUGAAACAGAAUUAUAGCAAGAUUUUCAAUUUACUAAAAGUAGGACGACGAUGUGGCGCCCUCAUUCGAUCAUGUAUAUUUAAAAAUGCAGCGCCCUCAACGUGUAUGAAAUGUAUAGUGAUUUGGGGCACAUUUGCAUAUAGUGUCUGGUUGUAAUAAGCGGUCUUCUGUUUUUCAAAAAUGAAUUCAAUCCCUAUACAUCACUUCUAUGCUUGUGGUAGCUAGAAUUGCUGAUCCUCUCAGACACAAGUCUCUGAGAUUGAAUAGAGACUCCAAAAAAAAAUAAACUUCCUACUAGUACUUCUUCAUAAUAUAAGAAUCAUAAUUUUUUCCCGUCUUUGUGAUGUAAAUGUUAUUGUGUUUAUUCAAAUUGUUUUUCAUCCGACCCCUAAUAAUGUAAUAGUUAUGAUAAAUUUCCUUGCUUACAUUUUAAUUUUUAAAGCUCAUUAUUUUCUAAUGAUUGUCAGUGUUUUUAUUUAUUUUAUUUAUUCAUACUUUUUAAAAACAUUUUAACUGUGAGGGCGCUUUUCUUAGAACAAAUCAGUGAACUUGUAUGUAAUGAUCAACAACGGAUAAAACCAAAGCUGUUCAGAUGGCUAACAUCACCUCGCUUAAAAUAUGAUAAUUGUUACCGUUCCAUUUUAAGUAUUGCUCAGUUUUACAAUUAUUCAGAUUUACUUCUUUUGGCACAUCAUAAAGAGGGUCGGCAAGGGGUAUUUUCAUAAGCUGUAAUCAAUUGUUUUUAUUUUCGUAAAAAUGUAAUUUAAAUAAAUGAAAAACGUAAACUCCUAGAUAUGGACUAGGUGUAAAAUGUAAUCAGCUAUUUUAUUUGUUCGUAAUUUGUACAAUGAUAUUAUUUUUUGUGAGCAUAUAAAGCAUUUUCCAAAUGUUGUAAUUUAUUUGCAAUUCACUAUUUCAAUUACCCACCAUAGACCCUCUGCCUAAAUUUACAAUUUUGAUUCUUAAACACAAAUUAUUGAAAAUAUUAUUAAAAUGAAAUUAGGAAUUUGCUUUAUCUGUAAAGUGUAAAAACCUAUUUUUUUCCUGAAAUGCAAUUUUCAUUUUAUUUCCUGUGAAAACGUAAAAUGCCGUUUUUUUUCCCUGUAACCAGUACCAGCUAUCCCCCCUUGCCCUCCCUCUAUAUAUUGUGAAUUUAGCUGAUCAAUGCAGAGAAAUGAAAUUUAUAAUGUUACAUACACACCACUUUGAAAUCAAAACCCACCAUUCUCAAUGUGUUCGUUACUCAGGAAAUGCGGAGAGAUUGUUAAAGGCUUGUUAAAAAUCUCCAUGUAAUGACAAUUAUUUGUACUUUAGUUGGUGGGGGGGGGGGGGGUGCUUGAUUAAGAUCUUUAAUUACAGGGUAGCUUUCUGGG